AUGCUUCUCAAGACUAUCCUCCCUCUCUUUCUGACUGUUCCGUUGAUCGCGGCCUCGAACUCGCUGACCAGGGUUGAACGUCGUCAAUAUGUUGCUGCCAACGAUCUGAACACCGGAAAUUGCAAGGAUACCAUGUUUAUCUUUGCGCGUGGAUCUACGGAGGUUGGGAACGAGGGUACUGUUGUUGGACCCGAAGUCUGCGAUGCCCUGAAGCUGGACCUUGGGGGUAAAGUGGGAUGCCAGGGUAUUGGCGGUGCUUAUACUGCUGGUUUAGCAGAGAAUUUCCUUCCUAAAAACACGGCCCCCCAGGACAUUCAGGCUGCAGUGGAUGUAUUCAACAAGUGCAACACCAAAUGUCCCAAUGCCAAGAUUGUUGCUGGUGGAUACAGUCAGGGAAGUGCCGUCAUCGAUAACGCGAUCCAGAAGCUGGACUCCGACGUGAGGGACAAGGUCAAGGGUGUUGUCCUGUUUGGUUUCACUCGCAACUUGCAGGACAAGGGUCAAAUCCCGAACUACCCUAAGGACCAAACGAAGGUAUACUGUGCUGUAGGCGACCUGGUUUGUGAUGGAACUCUCAUCAUUACUCCCGCCCAUCUGACCUACGGUGCCAAUGCCGGCUCUGCUGCUCGCUUCCUCGCUUCCAAGGUCAAAUAG